AUGUCGAUUGCGCGACGGAGGAUUCUCAUUUACACCAACGCGACGAUUUGCGAAGGUUUGGAAGUAGAGCUGCAAGAUGUGAAGCUCCAAGGGGUUGUUUCAGAAGUCGGCUGGUUCAACACCACGGUGAACGGCUACGAAGGCACGCGGGUCACGGUGCCAAAUCGGCGCAUCCUGGAUGGCACGGUCAUCGAUAAGACCAACAAGCGCUUCAGAGUCUGCCAGAAGCAUUUGGCAGCUUGGCUAAUGGGGCAGAGCUUGGGCAGGAACCCUGUCAACACCGUUCAGGACGAUUUGCGGAACAACCCCAAUGUGCUUCAGAAGUCUGUGCUUCGAAUUCUCAUGGCCAAUCGAGGCGAGCGAUACGACGGGAUGCCGAUCGAAAUCCUUCGGAGCAAGAAGCCGAAGGAUGUGUCAGAAUACGGCGCCGACUUCUACCUUCGAGCUUACUUUGAGAAGAGCCUGCAGGGGGAUCGCUUUCUGACUCUACAAAGCCAGCUCUUGAUUGCCGUGUGGCUCGGCAAUGGAUUGUGUGCCCAGACCGGUGAUGGGAGUGAUGGCGGUCGUGGAGGCAGCCCUUUGACGCCUUUAGUUCCAGCGCCAGUAUCGCGGGAUGGCGCCGAACCGCCCCAACGAACGCCCAAAAAGUGGCGCUUGAUGUGGGGCAGUGCCCAGGCAGAGACGGUUCAGGCCAAGAUCCUGGCCAAGAGGCGGGCCAUGGCCUACUUGUCCAAGCAGCCGGUCUGCAGGGCGAGAAGAGCCGCCACGCGCUUGGCUCGCUGGACUUGGCUGGAACCAAGUCUGCUGCAGCAGCAUAACGCUGUUGAAGCUGGUGGAGGUCUCCACGCUUCGCAUGCCUCGCCCGACGGAGUCGAGACGGUCGAGACCAAGGGCUACACGCAGAGAGCAGCGGAUGCUCCACCGCCAGCUUCUUCGCUCGAAGAGGCCCAUGAGAAGCUGGAGAGGCAGGCAUCAUGCCAAAAGAUUGCCAAGGUCUUGGCCGAGCGCUUUGGCUGCCACGCCCCCGGGAAGGGCCUGGAGGAUUUGCUGCUGGCGAAGGAGUCUGAAGUGGUGAAGCUACAGCAAGAGGUCACCUCUUUGCGCUCCGAGAGGGAGCAACUGGAAUUGGCCUUGGAGGCGGCAGAGCGGCGCAUCGAGGAAUUAACAGUAGCGAACGCUAAGGCACAACCAGUGCCAGUGAAGGAGUCUCCUAAAGAUCUCGUGAAGGCCUCCUCCGCGGUGAUGACCGUUGACGCGGUGCUCGCUGUCGGUGUUGGACCCUCCCAUGUGACGGAGCCGAGAGAUGAGGUUGCGGCCAUCCGACAUGAACGCCUGCAGGGCAUUCAAUCUGACACGAUGCGGGAGAUGUUCUUGGGCUGCGUGGAGCUGUUGGCUGCUGACAUUUAUGCAUCCCGCGCACAUUUCGUCCUGGAGCUGCUGCAGAACGCAGAUGACAACGAAUACGCAAUGGGUGUUGAACCAACCGCCCGCUUUGUGUGCGAGGCGGGAGAAGAGCCCUACAUCGCAGUGAUCAACAAUGAAGUGGGAUUGACGGCACAAGACUUGGUCGGCAUGUGUGCAAUCUCCAAGUCUGCGAAGAAAGACAAGGCAGAUCGGACGGGACGCAAGGGCAUCGGCUUCAAGAGUGUUUUUGCUGUCUCAUCUUGCCCACAUAUUCUGAGUGGUCGAUACACCUUCAAGUUUGACGUGCGCCGAGAUCGCAUGGGCUACGUCAUGCCGAGCUGGCUGGACGAAGAGGAGCUUCUGUGCUCCGUGCCCAUGGAGCUUCGUCGUUUGCACCAGGAGGGAUACACGGUGAUUUUCCUUCCAAUCGGUGACGCGUCCGAGGCCUUGGUGAAGGAGGUGGAGGGCCACUUGGAGGCCUUGGACCCCGCCACGUUGCUCUUCAUGCGGCGCCUACAACGCAUUGAGUUUCGGCGGGCCGAUGGGAGAAGCAGCUCCAUGCAGAUCCAGGCCAGAGGCAAAGCGGAAGGUGUACAGCAUGAAGCCGUGCAGAUGCUCACGGAGGCUGGCACAAGCGGCGCAAGUGGCCCAAGUGCAAGGAGUUCUCAUGAGUUCUUCGUUGGGCGCCGAUGGUCCAAAGGUGGUGACAGAGAAAGUCAGAUAGCAAUUGCUCUUCCUACGCCGGCCGUGGAUGUGCCCCAGCGUGCCUUUGCCACGCUCCCGCUUUGCCACAGCGGCUUGAACCUUUGCAUCAAUGCCGAUUGGGAUGUCUCGGCCUCACGCGAUGGGGUUCACGAGAACGGCCACAACGAGCGGCUGGCGGAGGAAGCGGCGCAGGCCUUUGCCGAAGUGGCUUUAGAGCUGGGUGUGCAGUUGUGGCCGGCAUCCCCGGUGGACUACCUGGGCGAUCGACCUCCUUUGUCAAGAUUUUGGCGCAAGGUGCGGGAGAGGUUCAUCCAUGCGCUCAUGCAUGCAGACGUUCCAUGUCUCGCUGUGGAAGAGGACCCUGACAGAGCUGAACCCACGCGUUUGGUGCCCGCCACGCAAGCGCUCAGACGUCCUCCACCGACAGCAGUCGAGAAGACUGCGGCCGCAUUGGUCUCCUCAGCAUUGCUGGAAAAGUCUGUCCAGAGGUGCUUUGUCCGAGAGCCUUUGCCGCAAGGAGUGCAGCUGGAGUGCUUCGCUGCCAGCCACUUUGCCAGGUGUUUGCCCAGUCUCGUCGAGGCGGCCCUGGCCUUGCAAAGCUAUGCUGACAGAGUGGAGAGAUUGACGCAGAUCUACCGUGCUUUCGAGGAGCUUUUGAGUGAGCCUCGGUGCGACCUGGCCACCGCCCAGGAUCGAGCCGACCUAGCGCGCCAUGCGCCAUGUUGGCCUUGCAUGAGCACUGGAGGAUCCUUCAUCCUUUGCGCGAGCGACUUUGGUGCCAUCUUCACGGAGCAGGGUUCGACCGCUUGGGAUUUGCCCGACACCGUCGAAGAGGCUCAGCAGCGCUGGCGGCUCCGGGUCUUGAGACCUGAGGCCGCUGAGGCGCUGCGGAAGCUGCCAAGCCUACCAGAGAUUGCGGGCCUACGGGCAGCGCCACGGUUCACCCACUUGCUGGGUUUGACGGUCCAGAUGCACGGCCAGGAGGACCACACGGCAAUUCCGCAUAGCUCAUGGUGGCGUUCUUUGCGGAUCAUGCGAGAUAUUUGGGAGUCUCCAAGCAGCCUGGAGGUCGAGGGGCGCGAGGUCGACCCGCUGGAAGAACAAGGUCUUCAGCUUUUAGAUCCGCAGAUCAUGAGAUCCAUACUCUUGGUGCCCUCAACUGCAGGGCCACGGCAUGGGCCCGGCGUGAGCUGCCCACUGCUGCUGGGUGAAGAGGUCAGCUGUCGUGGAGCCAAGCCCUUGGCCGAAGUACCUUUGGAGCUGCAUCCGGCCAAGGCCCUGGUGGAAGCUCUUCGCUGGGAGCGCUUUAUGGUCUUUGGCUUGCAGGCUGACAGCUUGCUGGUCCAACUGGAUAUCCAUGAGGGCCGUCGGCUUGCUCACCACCUGGUGGAUCCAGAUUGGUGGCUCCUGGUCCAGGCAGUGGCUCCGGAUCAGAUGGACUUGCUACAGCACUACGGCGCUUCUUUGAAGAGGUUGCCCUAUGAUGAGGCUGGCUGCUGGAAUCUGGAGCAAUGCCUCUCCGCGGAUUUUGCGCCGUUCCUCCACAACGUCCGCCUGCCAAGUCCGAACGGGCCCAGAAACUCAAGUCCCGACGGGACGAGGCUCGCAGCAGCGCCCGUGCUCCCAGCUCGGGCAACGCACUUCACACCCAAGGCGUUGGGCUUCCUUCGAGAGCUGGGGGUGACGAUGGCCGUGGACAGUCGCACCUUAAUCGACAGGUGUUUGAAGCCGAUGCUGGAGCAGCACACGCCCCAGGUUCUCAGCGGACCCGGUGAUCUCAGCGGAGUGAUUUCAGAGGUGGGUCCCUGUCGCAUCUGCUGGGAUUCGGAGAAUGUGGAGGACUUCUUCCAGCCCUGCCUUUGUCGCGGCACGCAGCAGUGGGUGCAUCGUUCCUGUUUCGCUCACUGGACGCGAGUGGCGCCCACUGCCGCGCUCUUGUGUCCCACCUGCGGAUACCGGUAUCGCCGUGGCAUCAUUAGUUCGUGGCAGGUCCUAUUUGUCACGGCCAAGGAAGCCUCGCGUUGGCUCGCCCUCCUUGUCUAUUUCUGCGUCACCCGGACGUGCGCGAGGACGAUCUACAAGCAUCUCCUCACAGAUGCGCGAGAUGGGCGGCCCUUUUCCUUCAAUCUCUUUUGGCCAGCAGACUUCCUGAUGGCCUCCAAGCCGCAGCCCUCCUUAAUGCUUUUGGCUGAUGGUUUGGUCUCAGCCUUGAGCGUGACCUUGAAACGCCUGGUGCGCGCGCGGCGGAUUCGUUUGCCGCUGCUGUUUCCGCCGCCGGUGCAGAUCCCGGAGGCCACGCAGGAGUUCGCCAUGCAGCUUUUUUGCGCAUCCACCUUGAGACUGGGUGAGGUGCUCCUGAUCCUCCGACGCCGCACGGGUACUGCAGCUGCUGUGCGAGGUCUCUUUGAUUGGAUGGUGAACGUCUAUGCCAUCCUGUAUUUGCUCCAAGAGCUGCUUCUGAGCGCACAACGCUGUGCCAGAGACAGGCUUGAGAAUCUGUUGCGAGAACUUCCCGACGUGGCCGCUGCCUGGCCACCUGGCCGCUUGCCACCCCAGAACCGGCUCGACCUCGCGAAGCCCCUGGAUUCCCUGCCGAACGUCUCCCGCGUCUAUGCCGCUUUGGUGCACGUGGAGGAGGAGCUCCUACCAGAGCUGAGCAAGAGGAUCUUUGUGCCUGGCAUGGGCGUGCAAGAUGCGGGCAGCUGUAUGUACCUCUCCCCCAACUUGGAAGGAUAUGGUGAGCUGCUUGGCAAGAUCGACCUUCAGCCAUGGUAUCCAAGCCUCCGAGAACUCUUUGUCGAUCGUCUCCACGUGACCACCAGCCUGUCUUCGCACGGCUGCUUGGAAGCGCUUCGAAGCCUUCGAGGUACAGCUUCCUCAGAAGCCAAGAAGCUCAUGAAGCUUGUGGCAGGCCUACUCCUCCAGCUCUACGACAUGGUUCGAGCUGAUCCAGCAUCUCAUGAGGUGGAGCUUUCCGCCUUGCGCAAGGAGGAGCUCCUGCCAGUGCUUCAUCAAUCGGAGCUUCGAUGGCUUUCAGUUUCCAGCUGCAUGUGGCUGGACGUGGCAUCGACUGCACUUUCAGCCGUUCGUUUGGUGUCGCUCCAGGUGCACUACCCAGAACUGCAGCCUCUCUUCGUGGAUCUCUUGGAUGUGCCACUGGUGAGCUCCGUGGAGGUCCGCGAACGCUUGCGGGCAGCUGCGCAGGCCACAGCCGAAGACCCAAGUGCUCUCUUGGAUGCGUACACCUGCUUGGACCAUUUGUGUAAGCGUGGGGCAGAAGAAGAUGAGGACAUGGCCCUACACUACCUGAGAAAGGAUUUGGCGGAAGUGAUAUUCCUGCCGGGUGCCACAGAAGCCUCAAGCCCUGAGGCCUGCGUGUUCCUGCCGCCCGAGCAGCGCGGUUUAGCGGAACGGUGUGGCAAGCAGGAUCUCGGUACGGACCGCUACGCUGACUUCCGCGUGUCCCGCUUCUACCAGCGCUGCAUGGAGAGCGAACCCGACCUCUUCCGGUUGGUCACCGGCACUGGAACGCUGGGUUGCAUCAUCACUUUCUCCAUUUGCCUACGGCAUUCUUGGUCCUUGGACCAGCGACCACUGUGCAUGCAGCGGAGCUACUACCAUGGCAUGUUGGCUUUUCCCAUGGUUUGGGCCUUUUGCACCUGGGUCACACUUUGGUGUCCUUUGAAUGCUCCAAUGUCAGAGCUUUUCAUGGGGCAAAGCGAGGCCUAUGCAAUUUAUUCCUUUCUGGUACUGCUCUUCAUGUUGGUGAGCAUUGAAGCACUGAAGCGGCGGCGGGAUGGUGAGUUGGAUGGGAGUUCUUAUCACUCCAACUCCAACAUGGGCGAGGUUAUCAUACAAGCAGUUCAAGCAUAUGGUCCACAGAAGUACUUCGCCGUCCCUCCCUUGGGCUGCCUUUUUAUGAAAUGCGUCCGGCCGCACCAUGUGACGGCCAACCAACUUCUGUGGGUCUCGCGGCUGGUGAAACAGUAUGGCUAUGCACAGGUCAUUCUGAACACAUGCUACAUAUACACCCGGCAGACGAUGGUGGCUGGCUCUGCCCGCGCUCAAGUCCUGGCCACAUUCGAAAACGUAUUGAAAGUGUCUGGGCUUUUGGCAGUCUACGGACUCUUUGUGAUGUACAAGGCAACGCACGAGUUGCUGCAUGACUGGAAGACCACGGCCAAGUUUCUCUCAGUGAAGCUGAUCAUUGGCUUGUCCACACUGCAAAAGAUGCUGCUGCGGAAAAUCGUGGAGGUCUUUCCACCACAUGAGGGCAGCUGUUUGCUGGAUCCCCUUCAUCCUAAAGAUUUGGACCGGGCCUUGGCCUAUUGGUCUUCGUAUUUGACGCUUCUGGAAACCAUUCUGCUGGCAUGCUUGGUGAUCAAGGCUCAGCGAAAUCAUGCUUAUAGCGCCUAUUUGCGCACGCGCCAAUCAAGUCCUCUCAAAAAAUCGAUAGACGAGAUUCAUCUCGAUGGCUCAUCUCAGUGA